AUGCAAGGCUUUUCGUGUCUUGCAAUUCUUAUCUGCUCUGUAUUAAUUAUUUCAAUAACAGAUGCUCGUCUUCAUCGAGUCAAAUUGCAUCAUUUUGAAUCAGCUCAUGAUCAACUUUUUGAAGUUGGCUCAUCUAAAUCAAUUGCAUUUGCACGUAAAUAUCGUCUGAAUGGACCAAUACCUGAAUCUUUAACAAAUUAUUUGGAUGCUCAAUAUUAUGGUGAUAUUGGCAUUGGUACACCAGCUCAAACAUUUCGUGUUGUAUUCGAUACUGGUUCAUCUAAUCUUUGGGUACCUAGUGUUCACUGUUCAAUAUUUGACAUUGCUUGUCAAAUACAUAGAAAAUAUGAUCAUGGAGCAUCAUCGACAUAUGUUGCUAAUGGCACAGCUUUUAAAAUUCAAUAUGGUACUGGUGCACUUACAGGAUAUGUUAGCGUGGAUACCGUCACAAUUGGUGAUGCUAAAAUUCAAAAUCAAGGUUUUGCUGAAGCAAUUAAACAACCUGGUAUUGUUUUUGUGACAGCUAAAUUUGAUGGUAUUCUUGGUCUUGCUUAUCCAGCAAUAUCUGUUGAUGGUAUUUAUCCAGUAUUUAAUAAUAUGUUCGAUCAAGGAUUGGUUCCAGAAAACAUUUUUAGUGUUUGGCUUGAUCGUGAUCCACAAAAUCCACGAGGUGGCGAAAUUAUUUUCGGUGGUUCGGAUCCUACUCUAUAUGAUGGUAAAUUUACUUAUGUUGAUGUCACUCGAAAAGAUUAUUGGCAAUUUAAACUCGAUGGAAUUGCAUUUGAUUCAAAUGAAUAUUGUAAAGGCGGUUGUCAAGCUAUUGCUGAUACUGGUACAAGUCUUUUAGUUGGUCCAAAAGCCGAAAUUGCUAAUCUUAAUGCUAAAUUAGGUGCUAUACCAAUUGCUAGUGGUGAAUAUAUGAUUGAUUGUAAUGCAAUACCGAAAUUACCUCGUAUUCAUUUUACUCUUAAUGCAACAGAUUUUUAUUUGGAUGGUCCUGAUGAUAUAGAUUUCUCUAAAUGUCGAGUAACACCAGAAAAUAUUAGUAAAUGUGAAGAAAGACUUGUUCUAAAGAAAAUAACAUCCGAUUUUCAAGGUUUUGAAGAAUUCCAUGAUAAAACUGUUCGAUAUUAUGAUGAAAAAUAUAAACGAGCUGACAGUGUUUAUUAUGUAUUUUUACGAGCUGUCAAAAUGAAAUUGAAAUUUUAG